UCCCCACCCAGGGACUCAACCUAAGUUUGUUGGCAGAUUCUUUACUGUCUGAGCCACCAGGAAACCCACUGUGCUCAGUACGUAUUAGGAAGGAUCCCACAACGUAUUAGUCAAAUCUCUCUGCUCAGCUGCUGUUCUCUGCCGGUAAUAAGGAGAAGGAGGGUGUCUCCAGGGCCACUGGGAGAGGCUGGGGUAGUGCAAGAGGCAAGCCAGGGGAAUGGAGUGCUGGGCCCCCUGGGAGCCCUGGCGGAGCCUUUCUGUGGCCACAGGACGCUGGCACCAAGGCUAUACUUGCUUAUCCACUGCCUCCUCUCCUCCCAUCCCCCCUGGCUGCCACUCCCGCCCGAGUGUGGGAAGAACCAGCAGGUUCCGGGUGAAGAGCUGGCACACAGGCCUUUCGGAGCUGGGGCCUGGCUUUGGCGACACCGAGGACUGCGCAGAGGAGCUGGGAAAUGCCUCCCACUGGUCCCUGAGCUUGGCUUCCCCGAGCCCCACUGAGACCUCUCCCCUCCCUUCUGCCCCCAUUCCUUGUCUGCUGGAUGGAGCGGUGACACGCAUGCUCUCUCACCGAGUCCUUGCAAGCUACAUGACCCCAGGAGUCCAUUCUUACCUUGGAGGGCUCAGUUCAGGAAGCCUGGCCUGGGAGCAGUGCAGGCCCACUGCGCCAGGUGUGGCCGGGAGGAGCAGGUGGAGGCAGGAAGGCAAAGGGCUGCUUGAAGGCUCCUGUCUCCCAGGUCCUUCCUGGCGAAGCAGCUCAGAGCACAUCCCUCCACUGGCUGCUUGCCACGCUGCUGGGGGCUGCCCUGUCGGCAGGACUUCUCUCACCUGGGGCUGGAGCUGAAACAGCAGGCCAGGGGGAGUCAGGCUCCCAUUUCUCACCCCAGGUGCCCUUUAUGGUUCAUCUGGAGGAAAAAUUCCUCCAUCUUCAAGGAAUGUGCUCACUUCUCUUCUUUUACCCAUGAACCUGACUUGAGAAAACCCAGGGCUUCAUGAAACAGAAAGCACUGCCAUGGGGCCCUCCUGCUCUGCCCAGAACGUGGAGGAGCUUGACUUGCACCCUCAUUGCAGGUGGAAGUGCAGCCAGUAGCCGCCUCAGCAUGGAGGGCCCUGCCAGCCCAGCACCCGCCCCCGGGGCGCUGCCCUACUACGUGGCCUUCUCCCAGCUGCUGGGCCUGAUUGUGGUGGCCAUGACUGGCGCCUGGCUUGGUAUGUACCGAGGCGGCAUUGCCUGGGAGAGCGCCCUACAGUUCAACGUGCACCCCCUCUGCAUGAUCAUAGGCCUGGUCUUCCUGCAGGGAGACGCCCUGCUGGUUUACCGGGUCUUCAGGAAUGAGGCCAAACGCACCACCAAAGUCCUGCACGGGCUGCUGCACGUCUUCGCCUUCGUCAUCGCCUUGGUGGGCCUGGUGGCGGUGUUCGACCACCACAGGAAGGAGGGCUACGCCGACCUGUACAGCCUGCACAGCUGGUGCGGCAUCCUGGUCUUCGCGCUCUUCUUCGUGCAGUGGCUCGUGGGCUUUAGCUUCUUCCUGUUCCCGGGCGCCUCGUUUUCCCUGCGGAGCCGCUACCGCCCGCAGCACGUCUUCUUCGGUGCCGCCAUCUUCCUGCUCUCGGUGGCCACCGCCCUGCUGGGCCUGAAGGAGGCGCUGCUGUUCGAGCUCGGGACCAAGUACAGCACGUUCGAGCCCGAGGGCGUCCUGGCCAACGUGCUGGGCCUGCUGCUGGCCGCCUUCGCCACGGUCGUGCUCUACAUCCUGACCCGCGCCGACUGGAAGCGGCCCCUCCAGGCGGAAGAGCAAGCGCUCUCCAUGGACUUCAAGACGCUGACGGAGGGUGACAGCCCCAGCUCCCAGUGACGGGGGUCCGUCCCGCAACCGCCGCUGAGGGUCCGGGCAGGGCUGGGCACAGCGGAGGUGGGGGGUGGGGGCAGUCCUGCUCCUUGAGCGCUGAUUUUCGGGGUUCAGGGCCCUCCGCGUCCCGCCCCGCGCUGCGGCUGCUGCCGUUGUUAGGCCUGAGCAUGCGUCCCCCCGCCCCUGUUGCCACCCGACUUCCUUCCCAACAUGGAGCUGCUUUGGGUAAGGCUCUGGGCCUAAACGUGUCCGAGAGUGGGGGGCGCUCCCUCCUCGAGGCCGCAGCGAAGCUGAGACUUGCUUUGUGUGACCCCGAACUCCUGCCAGGAGUCUUGCGGCCCAGAGGACCGGCGCUCUGAAGGGGCCCAGCCUCUGGCAGCGGAGCUAGUGACAUUAUAUGUGAAAUAUGCUGGUAUCAGGGCCAGGUUCCCCAGGAGAGGGGAGGGACUCCCUGGGACUUUCUGGACCCAGGCUUCGGCCCAGCUGCGUUCUGGAGCCUUCCCUUUCUUUAACCCUUUAGCCCCGGGGCGGCUUGCCUUGGGGGCCAUAGACUUGGGACAAACCUGCCCUGAGCCCCUUCAGAGGGCAGCCCAGAGAAGAGGCUGGAGGUGGGCCUGGGGGGGCGCUGGGCCACCUGCAGGGGCUUCUGUCCCCGAAGGCCCAGGCCUCCACUCCUGAUCCUCGGACCUCACGGGAGGCUGCUCUGACAAGAGGGCACACGCCUUUUCCCGUUAAACCAAAAGCUGCCGCUAGAAAAGGAUAAGGUGCCCCCUUUCGAUUUCCAUGAGGAGGGUUCGGGAGGACGGUCUCCUCCUCUCCUACCUGCAGUGGGUCUUUGCAGGAAGUUGGGACCAAGAUGGAAUCAGAUUAAUCCCCUCCCCCAACCCCGUGAGUGUGUAACGCUGUUAGCUGAGUCGCUGUUUGCCUUUGGUCUAGAAAUAACGUGAUUAGAGCAUUGAUCUGUGCUUCUUGGACUUGGCAAAUGCUGUCUCCUGUUUUCCUCAUUUUCUGGGCUUUGAGGAACAUGACACAGUUUCAGACAAGACAGAGUUGACUUAAGACAUUAAUAAAAUUUCCAGUUCUGACUACCGUUUUUCAGCAGCUGCCUCUCCCAGCUAAAUGCUGCCUUGGAGAAAGGGGGCUUAUCGCCUCUAACACUCAGAUUCCUACAACUCGGCCUUUGCCGUGGGUCCUGCCUCAGGCGAUGCCGCUCCUCGGGGCAGGUGGCGGUGGUGGGCGCCCUCCCCAGCAGGGCUGCCUGCUCCCCACCCCCACCCCGUGGGCGCUCCCGGCUCUGCUGCAGCCGCCCCCCGCCCCCCACGCCGUUUACACUGUUCUUUGAUCACCUGGUAUAGGAUGUUUACCCGUGGGAAAACUCCACCUUAGACCAACUACCAGGUUAGGACUAUGUAUCUCCCUUGCCAGAACGGCACAGAAACAGAACCUUGGAUUUGCAAAAAAAAAAAAAAAGAAAAUAGUCUGAACACUGGCCUGUUUUCCAAAGCAUAUGCUGGAUAACUAAUGAGCCAAAAAGCCCCCCCCCCGCCCCCCCCAGCCAAGCUGAUCCGUGGUGGCUUGUUUUAUUUUGCCUGUGGCCAAUCUUCAAUGAAGUACAGUGUAGUGCUGGCACAACAGAUGAUUCAAUAAAUGUCUACAGCAGA